AUGGUUUUGGUUCAAAUCAUUGAUACCAUAAUUCCAACAGAUAAUGUUGAACAACUCCAUAAUCUUAUUUCAGUUGUUCAUGACUACUUCGGUAAAACUUACAAUGCACGUGUUGUCGUGCGUUUCCCUGCAGAAUUCGACAAUAAGAUCGAUAUGAACAAUCCAAAAUUGAAGAAUAAAGUUGCGACAUUUAUGGUGGCAAAUAUGUCUGAUCUCAAAUAUGAUAAUGAUGAUUUAGUUCAAUAUGAUCGCGAACGAUACGCCUUAGUUACAGAUAACCCAUGUAAAAAAAAUAAGGCUAAAAAUCAGCAAACCCGUGAUUUUAAUCGAUUUCAAGCAUAA